AAUUUAGAAACCUGUGGCGCCAAAUGAAAGAAAAUGGCUGCGCGUUUCUUGCUGUAUUUACGGUCGCGCUUCGUCCCACGUGUCCGGAAGUAGUUCCGGCUCUUCCACAGUAGUUUGCUGACAGAACUCGUCCGCGGGAGAGGUAGCGGAGCUGCGGAGUCUUCAGCCCGGCUGCUGACACUGGAGGGCCGGCGAGGCGACUGGCCGCUGACCGGAGCGGCUGAACCAUGGGCCUCCUGGCGAGGCUGCGGAAGGAGUGGUUCAUCGUCGGCAUCGUGCUGGUCAUCUUGUCGGCCAAACUACAGCCCAGCUUCGGAGUCAAAGGAGGUCCCCUGAAGCCGGAGGUCACCAUCGCCUACGUCGCGGUCUCCCUCAUCUUCUUCAACAGCGGCCUGUCCCUGAAGACGGAGGAGCUGACCUCGGCGCUGCUGCACGUGCGCCUCCACCUCUUCGUCCAGUCCUUCACCCUCAUCUUCUUCCCGCUCGCCGUCUGGCUGCUGCUCAAGCUGCUGGAGCUGUCCUCCAUCGACCAAUGGCUGCUCAGAGGGUUACAGACGGUGAGUUGCAUGCCUCCUCCGGUCUCCUCUGCCGUUAUUCUCACCAAAGCUGUUGGAGGCAACGAGGCUGCUGCCAUCUUCAACUCGGCCUUUGGAAGCUUCCUGGGAAUCGUGGUGACGCCAAUGUUGCUGCUUCUAUUUCUGGGCUCCUCGUCCUCCGUUCCCUUCACUUCCAUCUUCUCCCAGCUCUUCAUGACCGUGGUGGUUCCUCUCAUCCUGGGUCAGGUUUGUCGUAGCUUCCUCAGGGACUUCUUGGAGCGGCGAAAGCCUCCCUUCGGCACCAUCAGCAGCGCCGUUCUUCUGAUGAUCAUCUACACCACCUUCUGCGACACCUUCAGCAACCCCAACAUCGAGCUGGACCCCGUCAGCCUGCUGCUGGUCGUCUUCAUCAUUUUCUCCAUACAGAUCAGCUUCAUGCUCCUCACGUUCACCAUGUCCACCAGGUCACGCUCAGGAUUCAGUCCAGCAGACACCGUCGCCAUCGUGUUCUGCUCCACGCACAAGUCCCUCACUCUGGGAAUCCCGAUGUUAAAGAUCGUCUUCGAGGGCUACGAGCACCUGUCCCUGAUCUCAGUCCCCCUUCUGAUCUACCACCCCGCUCAGAUCCUGCUCGGCUCCGUUCUCGUGCCGACCAUCCGCAACUGGAUGACGAAUCAGCAGAAGUCUAGUCUGUUGUUACGUUAGAGAAAGUUCCUCCGUGGGUCCUGAGUGGGGAAAGUGAUGAACCUGCAGCCCGUCUGAUGGAGACGCCACCUUCAUCCAUGUGACCACGGAGGGAGGAGCCUGCAGUCAGGAGUGCCUUAAUCAACCAAUCGGAGACCUCGGCGCGGUGGAGGGAGUCCCUGUUCACAGUUUGCCUCGAUGCAGCGACAAACUCACGUUUGUGUCAUUCCUACUGUUUUGUAUUUAAAGAAAAUUAUUUUUGUAUGCUGAAGAACACUGAAGAAUUCCUGGGAAAAAGGACCCUGGAGGUUGCUAUGGAAACCGCCUACAGGAAUCCAAAAGGGUCAAAUUUAUGGGACCAUUCUUUUUAUUUCCUACUUUCUUCUACUCUGGUUUAUUCCAGCCCUCACUGCCGGAUGAAACAUUUGUGUUUCGCUGAAUUUUCUACCCCGUUCUAUAAAAAAAUACCAACA